AUGACACUCAGUACUUCUUUCAAAAAAAGCAACGCGCCCUUGGGAAAGCCCACACCCAGAUUCCAGGCCACCUUGGAGGAGCUGAAGCUUUCCGACUACAGAGGGAAAUACUUGGUCCUCUUUUUCUACCAGCUGGACUUCACCUUUGCCUGCCCCUCGGAGAUCAUGCCUUCCAGUGAGUAUGCCAAGGACUUUGGCAAGCCGGGCUGUGAGCUGCUGGGGGUCUCUGUAGACUCCCAGAUCACCCAUCCGGCUUGGAUCAACACUCCAAGGAAGGAACGAGGCUUGGGCUCUCUGAACAUCCCCCUGUUGGUGGAUAUAACCAGAAGCCUGUCCCGAGAUUAUGGCGUGCUGAAGGAGGAUGAAGGCGUUGCCUACAGGGGCGUCUUUAUCAUCGAUGGCAAGGGCGCCCUUCGCCAGAUCACUGUCAAUGAUUUGCCUGUGGGGCGCUCCAUGGACGAAGUUCUGCGGCUGGUCCAGGCCUUCCAGUACACGCAUGAGGAUGGGGAAGUCUGUCCUGCCGGCUGGAAGUCAGGCAGCAACACAGUCAGGCCCAACGUGAACAGCAAGGAAUAG